AUGGAUCCAAGCGAAGAAUGUGAUGUUUAUGCUUCCUGUGGUGCUUUUAGUGCAUGCAACCAACAUGACCUUCCUCGGUGUGGCUGUCUAAAAGGAUUCAAACCGAAAAUUCCUAAAGAAUGGGAAUUAGAAGAUCACACAGAUGGCUGUGGGAGGAAAACUUCAUUUAAUUGCAGUGAUGAGGGAAGUUCAGCAUUCCUGGUGAUGAAGAGUACUACCUAUCCCGACAGUCCCAACUCUUUGGUAGUUGAUAACAUUGGCAAAUCAGCAUCUGAGAAGAGAAACACCGCUUGGAUUGUGGUUGGAGUACUUGCAGCCAUCGUUACAUUCUUCAUCACUGUGCUGGUAGUUGUCAGAUGGAGACAGUUUGUUAGAGCAUUGGAGUCUUUUGAGCAUUCUCUAGUUGUUUUCAACUACUGGGAUUUAAAAAAAGCAACACGAAACUUCUCAGAGAAACUUGGAGAAGGAGCUUCCAGUUCUGUUUUCAAGGGGAUAUUGCCGGAUUCAACACCCAUAGCAGUAAAACAACCAAAGAGUCUGCGGCAGGUUGAAAAGCAAUUUCAGUCUGAAGUCAGAACUCUUGGUGCAAUACAACACAUCAAUCUUCUCCGCCUUCGUGGGUUUUGUGCAGAUUCUACAAGAAGACUCUUAGUUUAUGACUAUGUGCCUAAUGGCUCUCUACAAUCUGUUUUACUUCAAAAGAAUCCACUAAUGUUAGACUGGAAAGCAAGAUAUCAUAUUGCCAUAGGCAUUGCAAGAGGAUUAGCUUACCUCCAUGAGGACUGUAGAGAUUGUAUAAUACACUGUGACAUUAAGCCAGAGAACAUUUUGUUGGAUGAAGAAUAUAAUCCAAAAAUUGCAGAUUUUGGUCUUGCAAAACUCAUUGGCAGACACCACAGUCGAGUUCUGACAACUUUGAGAGGAACUGCUGGCUACCUUGCUCCAGAAUGUUUUACAUGUGAGGCGAUCACGGCAAAAGCUGAUGUCUUCCGCUAUGGAAAGUUGUUGUUUGAGGUUAUAUCUAGAAGGAGAAAUAGUGAAGGAAUAGAUGAUGAACUAGAAGACUACACUCCUAACCGGGUUGCAAAUGUAGUAGCUAAAGGAGAAGAUGUUCUUACCUUGGUUGAUUACAGGUUGGAAGGUAAUGCUGACAGAGAUGAACUUAAAGUUGCAUGUUGGUGUAUUCAAGACAAUGUUUUCAGAUGCGAAGGCGAAGGCGAAGGCGACAUGGUCAAGCCUCACAAGGCGAGAGCAUCGGCGUGCAAAGGCGAUUUAAGGCGAUCGCCUUUCCAACAAACAUUAAUUUAA